CCGAAGUUAAAUACCGGGUUUUAAUUUCAUUAGAUAUUACGUCACCCUUGAGUUUUUCAAAUAUGGACAAGGACUUUUUUUAAGGAUGAAAGGACUAUUUUACCCUUCUAGAAUGCCCUAAUUUUCUUUUUGUCUUCCUUAUCCUCCUUCCCGCGCGCGCAGUUCUCCCUCUCGGAUGAAACCUACAGCGGCGAACGGCGACGGGUGACUAGCGAUCGGCGUUGAGUUUGAAGGCGACGACUGCGGCUUGGAAUAUAUUAACCAUAUUCUCCUGUAACUGAACUUUUUUUUUUUCCAAGAGCAAUACUUGAUGGAGUUUUGUAAGACGGAUUCUCAAGAACUUUUGUUACAGAUUCGGCGCCAAGAGGAGCUUUUGAAAUCUAAAAGAAGAUGGCUGCUGGGGCUUCCUACAUCUGUACCUAGUCUAAAGCAUUUUGAUCAUUCAGACUUUUUAAACAAAAAAAACUUGCCUGAAUCAUUGCUGAGGGAAGAUGAUGUUUUCUAUGAGACUGUCAGAACAAGAGUUGAAGGAGCUUUUGGAACUUUAAAUGUUGAAACAAGUCGUGUUGGUAUUCCAGUUGAUCUAAUGUUAGAUACUUGCAAAGUUAGAAAACUCAUCUUGUCAUGUCUUAAUGAUCUGAGCACCAAUGGACUUUACCUUCUUGCUAGAAUAUUUACAGAAGACUCCGUCAAAUUGGAAAAAACUCGCUGCAAGCUGAAAAGGGUCAUCAAAGAGUUUAUUCCAAAAGUUCUGAGAAGGGAAAGUCAAGAUUGCCAUCAAUUGGAAAUUGUUAUACGAUUGGCUCAGCUUCUCAAUGACCCAAAAAAUUUCCGAAGAGGAUGUCGAAGAGGAUGCGCAGCAACUUCGACACCAAGUUUGCCAUCUUUGCAGGAUGCUGCAUCACAGGUUCUGUAUAGAUUAGGAGACCUGCCCACCCAAGGUCUCAUAGCAAUGCAUCGAAAACUUUCAGGAGUUCGAGUUAUGCCUCAGAUGAAACGUCACAAGCAUGGGUGGGGACGUGAUCGUCUUAUUAAUGUUCUUACAAAAAUUAGUAAGAAGAUGCUUUCAUCUCUUCGAGAAGGAGAUAAAUUACAAGAAUCACUUGCAAAAGCUAUGGCCAUGGCUGAAUUAUCACUUAAGCUGGUAUCAGGUCACCACAAUUCAUCCAUAAUUGAGUUUUAUCCCUUCUCACCUCAAAUAAAAACCUUGCAUAAUGAAAUAGUAAAAGCCAUAUGGUUUGUUAGAAAGAAAAGUGACUUUCGGAAGCUCAAACAGUUGAAGUCUUUGUUGGAUCCUGAUUCUGAAGUGCCCAAUAGGUGCUUAAGAACAGCUAUUAAGCAGAUGUUAAUAGACUAUCUUUUUGAGUGCUGUGAUAUGGACACUGUGCCAAAGUCUCUUUUGAAAGCUUUAGCUAUGAUAAAUGCAGAUUCUCGAAGUGCGUCACAUUCAUUUUUCUCGCAAGAUGAAACUGAAGAGGAGGUUGAAUGUGUAUUUAGUCUGAGUGCUCAAAUGAAACAAGUAGUUUGGGAUUUACUACCUAACCGUGAAUUUGAAGACGAAUUUGCUGAUGCAUAUAUGGAAGAGUUAGAAGAAAGUGAUGACGAUUUUGAUGAUGAUGGCAGUGAUAGUUGUGAUGGUGGCUUGCCUAGAGAAGACAAUGGGUCCCAUUCUGUUUAUAUUGAAGGUAUGGGGGAAUCUAUGCCAGGCAAUCUGGGGUAUUCAUCAGUGGGGAAUGUCUUGUCCCCUAGUCAGGCGUCCAUGAAAAGUCCUGAUGUUAGGCCUCUCCAAUGUUCAAGUCAGGCGUCCAUGAAAAGUCCUGAUGUUAGGCCUCUCCAAUGUUCAGAACUUACGCAUUUUACCAGGGAGGGCUCUUUAGAUUCUUCUUUUAAUUUCUGCUCUUCAUUCAUGGAAUCCAAAGUUCAGGUGGAUACAUAUAACUUAUCUUCUAACCAACAAGUGGGGAACAAGCACACCAUCUCAUUUUCACAUCAUAUAUAUGACUCUCCUUCCUCCAAGCUGACACCAAAUAUUUUGUUGGAUACAAUUGAUCUUGCAAAAACCCCCUUUUUAAGUUCUUUCAACAUGCCAUGUGCAAUGCCUCAGAUGGAGCCUAGUAAACCAAGCCCGUUUAAGAAUCAGUACCUCGUGAUUCAAGAAGCUUGUGAUGGAACUAGCAUGAUUGCUUAUAAUUUCAUUGGUCGUUUGCUAGAAGAGUUUGCGAAGAGUGAAGGCGUAGACUUAGAUUGGUGCUCUAAUUUAUAUCUUAGUAGCCGCUGUUCAAUUGAAGAAGACCUUCCUGUUGAACAGACUCAUACUAAGGCGAAGAGAAGCGAUUCAGUAAUUAUUCAAGUUUGUGAAGAGUUAAUACCUUCUCUCUCUGAGAGUGGAACAAAGAGACUUCAACUGCUACUGGGAUUGUGAUUCUCCAGGGAUUUUGGCUGGUCUGAAUUAGCAGUUGAUCUCUGGGCAGCCCAACAACAGCGAAGCAACCAGAAUUGAACCACUGGAGUUCAUCUUGGGGCAAAAUGAAGAAGUUGGUAUUGCGUUUGAGGACGUUCAUACGAGGCAUUUUUGGCGACAUUAUAAGCGUGCAUGCAUCCAUUAUGACCCCAGAAAACACAGAACUGCUUCAGAAGGAAGUUUAUGCUUAUUCUUACUCUGAAGAAGAUAAAGAGUUUAAGCUUCCGAAACUGUUGAGUUCACUGGUGAUGAGGCUACAAAACGGAAUUUAAAAUUGCUGAUCAGGUCUCUGAGCUGAGGCAAAGAUGUGAUUGAAAUUAGGCGACAUUGCAUCGUCUCGAUCUGUUCAUGUUGCAAAGCGCAAAGCGUUAGAUGAAUGACUCUGAUACCAUGUUAGAUGAACACGACUCUCCACAAUGGAAUGAUAUUGUCCACCUCACAAUCGCACUCUUGAUGGCAGCAGACUUGCAUUUGUGUGGCACUCACUUCCCAACGACAAGCUGUGGCUUUAUGAAAAUCGACCUCAAGCAAUUGGCUUUCUAUCUUUUUGAAGGGCUGCAAGGUACUAGUUUUUUUUUUCUUUUCUUUCUUUUUCUACGACAAGGGAACCUUAAACCUUAAAUAAGGUAAUACAUGUCUUUAUUCGAUGAGCUAUGUCUAAAUUGACAUGAAUUUUUUUACAUUUAAAUCCUCCCAAUCUUGGUUCA